GAAAGACUUGGAGGACCGGAAGGACUUUGGUCCUCCAGCUAAUCAGAGCGCGGGCUUUGUGUGAAUGAAGAUUGAGCUUUACACAGGUUAAAACUUCCUCCUGUGUCCAACAUCUGAUAUCAGAAGGGGAGGAUUUGCAAACAGAAAUCUCAAACCAAACAUCAUGUCAAGAUCUGACAGAGUCACGCAGUUUAAUGAGACUUGAAUAUCAUCGGCCGUUGAAUCUAGAAGAAGCAAUGUUUGUCUGUUCUAUCUGCUUCAGAAGAUUUUAAACAUCAGUGUGACUGGACAAGCACCAAGACACACACAUCCGAGUGACUGUUCCAGUGCACUGACUGUCAAGGAGCAUCAACCAGGUAAACAGACUGAUUUGACAUUGCAAUGUAGAGAGACCGUAAAAGUGUUUUGAUUGUGGACGAGGAUUCAACUGAUCAUCGAAUCUGGAGAGACACAAGGACACCUGCACCAUGGGGAAAACGUGGAAAUGUGAGGACUGUGGGAAGGGAUUCACAUCCCCCUCGAAGCUGGAAAUUCAUCGGCGCAGUCACACUGGGGAGAGGCCGUUCACCUGCUCUGUGUGUGGGAAGGAAUUCAGUCAGUUAUCCAACCUUCUGACACACCAGCCAGUUCACACCACGGAGAGGCCAUUCUCCUGCUCUGAGUGCGGGAAGGGAUUCACUCGGUCAUCCCACCUGCAGACACAUCGGAGGGUUCACACCGGGGAGAGGCCAUUCACCUGUUCAGAAUGUGGGAAGGGUUUCACUCAGCCAUUCAACCUACUGACACAUCAGUGAGUUCACACCAGAGAGAUGCCAUUCGUCUGCUCUGAGUGUGGGAAGGGAUUCAGCCAGUUAUCCAGCCUGCACACACACCAGCGAAUUCACACCGGGGAGAGACCAUUCACCUGCCCUGGGUGUGAGAAAGGAUUCAGUGAUUCAUCUGCCCUGCGAAAACACAAGCGAGUACACACUGGGGAGAGGCCAUUCACCUGCUCUGAAUGUGGGAAGGCAUUCACUCAGUCAUCUGACCUGCAGACACAUAGGUGGGUUCACACCCGAGAGACACCGUUCUCCUGUUCUGAGUGUGGGAAGCAAUUCACUCGGUUAUGUAGCCUACAGACACACCGGUGGGUACACACGGGGGAGAGACUGUUUAACUGCUCUGAGUGUGGGAAGCGCUUCACUCAGUCAUCCAGUCUGCUGAGACACCAGCGAGGUCACACUGGGGAGAGGCCAUUCACCUGCUCUGAGUGUGGGAAGGGAUUCACUCAGUCAUCUGACCUGCUGACACACCAGCGAGGCCACACUGGAGAGAGGCCAUUCAUCUGUUCUCUAUGUAGGAAGGGAUUCAUUCAUUUAUCCAGCCUGCUGAGACACCAGCGAGUUCACAAGUGAUUCCAAGGGUUGUAUUCUGCUGUUAUUGCUGCUGUUAAUCACAUCCAGGACUGAACCAUGUUCAUUCUGACAGUUGGUGAAGUAGGAGGGUCGGAGGUUUUCUUUCUGCUGGACUGACCGGUCUCACGACUUUGCUUCCGGUGGCUGAUGCUUUUUGAGCCUGGGAGUGCACAUUUCCACAGAAAUGAUCCACAAAAGCUGAUGAAGUACAUUUAUUUUAUCCUGGAUAGUAAAUAGUGUUUUUCCUACCACUACUGGUAGAUCUAAAAUAAAUACAUUUGUCUCUGUUCCAUUGAGUCUACAACACAGGGCCAGGCCAGUCAGCUCAAUUGGUCUCUGUCUGUAUUUAUGCUCCACAUGAGCCUCCACCCACCCCUCUUCAUCUCCGCCCAUCAGCAUAUCCUUCUGUUCCUUUCUCCCUCAUGUAUGUAUCUAGCUUCCCCUUAAAUGUAUUCAUGCGAUUCACCUGAACCACUCGCUGUGGUAGUGAGUUCCACAUUCUCACCAAUCACUGGGUAAGGAGGUUUCUCAUGAAAUCCCUGUUGGAUUAUUGAACCCCAUCAACAUCUUAAAGACUUCCAUCAGGUCACCCUUCAGUCUUCUCUUUUCUAGAGAAAAGCAGCCCCAGCCUUUCCUGAGGGUUAGAUGCUCUCAGUUCUGAUAUUAUUCUUGUGAAUCUUUGUUGCCCCUUCU